ACAUGGCCGUGGGGUAUGCGGGGCGAGGGUCCCGGGGAAGGGAGGCCUUGUGCCGGUGUCCUGAGGGGCGGCUGCGGGCCGACGGUCCUGAUUCUCCCAGGGAAGCAGGGUGGGGACGGCUCCGAACCAGGCAUCCCUGAUGUCCCGGGGAAGCGGAGGCCGGAGGGCGGCCCCGGGCGGACGGUGCCGGGGCAGCGGGGCCCGAGGGGCCGCUCGGAUCGCGGCUCCCGGGGCAGCGGGGCCCGAGGGGCCGCUCGGAUCGCGGCUCCCGGGGCAGCGGGGCCCGAGGGGCCGCUCGGAUCGCGGCUCCCGGGGCAGCGGGGCCCGAGGGGCCGCUCGGAUCGCGGCUCCCGGGGCAGCGGGGCCCGAGGGGCCGCUCGGAUCGCGGCUCCCGGGGCAGCGGGGCCCGAGGGGCCGCUCGGAUCGCGGCUCCCGGGGCAGCGGGGCCCGAGGGGCCGCUCGGAUCGCGGCUCCCGGGGCAGCGGGGCCGGGCCGCGCCGGGGGCCCGCACCCCCCGUGAGGACCCCGCGGGGCGUGUCCGCCACGUGCGCGCCCCGCCCCGGCCAAUGGGGAGGGCGCGGGGCGGGCCCGCAGCCAAUGGGCGCGCGGGGCGGGCCCGGGGCGGGGCGGGCGGUGAUGGCGGCGCCGCCGUGCUGCGCGGUGCGGGUGCGGGGCGCGGGCGGCGGCGAUGGCGGCUGCAGCGGGCUGGUGCUGAGCCGCCGCCCCGCGCUGGUGCUCUGCCACGCCGCCGUGCUCGCCCCGUUCCUGCGCGCCGGCCCCGCCGCCUGGGCGCGGCCCGCCGCGCUGCCGCCCGCCGCGCUCCGGCCGCUGCCGCGCCUCAGCGUCGUGCUGGGCGCGGAGGCGGGCGGGCUGCGGGAGCUCGAUGCGCGGCUGCUGGCGCUGGUGCCGUGCGCGGCGUUCCGGCGGGCGCUGGAGCGCGGCCUCGGGCGGGCGGAGCGGUGGCGGUUCGGGGCGGAGGGGGAGGCGGGCACCGACCCGCGGGCGCUGCCCUGGUUCGCCUGGCUGCGGGUGCCCGGCCUGGACGGGCCCGAGGCCGGGUGGGCGGCGCGGGCCAGCGCCGGCUGCCUGCGCAAGGGGCAGGCGCUCCUGGCCUGCGGGUCCCCCUUCGGAGACCUGUGCCCCGAGCUCUUCCUGAACACGCUGAGCCGGGGGGUGGUCAGCAACCUGGCGGGCGAGGAGAACGCUCUGGUGCUCACCGAUGCCCGCUGCCUGCCCGGCACCGAGGGCGGCGCCGCCUUCGUGCCCUCGCCCGACGGGCCGCGCGUGGUGGCCGUGAUCGCCGCUUCCCUCUGCUGGAAGGGCGCCGAGUGGGUCGGGCUCACGCUGCUGUGCUCGCUCGCCGCCAUCCUGCGCAGCAGCGCCGCUGUCCUGGGCGAAGCGGGGAUCGCGGUGCCGCCGGUGCCGGCCUGGGUGGCCGCGGCGCCAGCGAGCGGCGGGCAGGACCCCCUGGGCUGGACGGCGCUGGUGCAAUGCGGGGCGACCUGGGGCUCCGGGGUGCUGCUGGCACCGAGGAUGCUCCUCACCUGCCGGCACGUCGUGGAAGCCAGAGCUCCGCUCCAUGUGACGCCGGCAGCCGGCCCCGGCCAGGAUGCCGCCGUGCUCAGGGGACGUGUGGUGUUUGCCACCGAGGAGUCGUCCCCCUUCGACGUGGCUGUGGUGGAGCUGGAAGAGAGCGUGCCAGGCUUUGUCCCGCCUUGCCUGGCCGACACCUUCCUCCCAGGAGAAGAGGUGAGCGUGGUGGGCUUCGGGGCGCUGGGGCAGGCGUGCGGCCCCUCGGUGACAGCAGGGAUCCUCUCGGCGGUGGUGGCUGUGGCCGGGCGCCCUGUCAUGCUCCAAACCACCUGUGCCGUCCACGGGGGCUCCAGCGGCGGCCCCCUGGUCUCCUCCCGCAGUGGAUGCCUCAUGGGCAUCGUGGCCAGCAACACACGGGACACCGCUGCAGGGGCCACCUACCCCCACCUCAACUUCUGCAUCCCCAUCACCGUCCUGCAGCCCCUCGUCGCGCGCUACCGCCGCACCGGCGACCCCGAGGCCUUCGCCGGGCUCAACCGGGUGGGUGAGGGGGUGCGGGCAACCUGGCAGCUCCAGCAGCGGCCAGGACCCCCCAGCAAGCUCUGACCCCUCCUCCCGGGGGGCUGGGGCCAGGGACCGAGGUGUCAGGGACCAAGGUGCCCGGGAUGGGGCUGCCACAGCCCCCUUUGACCCCGGUGGUGUGGGGCUGAAGCAGCUGGACUCCACAGAGCCAGUGCAGCAUGGGCACCCUGGGGCAGGGGGUGUGGCACAGUGCCUUUGACAGCUGCUGACAACCCCAAACUGGGGAGGUUUGGAGUCUGUGUUAUUGUUUUUUUUCUUUCUGGGGCCAUAAAUGCUGUGAGUUGA